GGAGUACAUACUUACUACUAGUGUAGUUAUCAGCUUCUCGGAUUAGCCUAUGGAUAAGCUGGCUCCGAUCAUCAAUUCAAGAGGAUCCAUCAAAUGCAAAUACGGAUCCCCCCUCCCCAUAGCCGGUAUUACAGCGGUAUUGCACCACGCGGACUGGCAGCCGUCAGCCGGAUAAUUUACCGUCUCGAGCCGGUAAUCCCUGCCCCCUCUCGGGCUACUGCGACUUCCUUCUUGGGUAGGUCGGUCAUACAGGUGCCAGUUGGUCCUCCUUACGUUAUCUCCAGAUUCGCUCUCUUCGGCCACCGUCUUCGGCUUUUUCCUGGUCUAUCUCUCCUCCUCCUCUACUUCACUUCUUCUUUCUUCCUACUUGGUCUUUCACCUGGUUUCCUUCCUAUACCAUCUCCCUUCCGCUGGGCGUCUUCGCUUCUAUCUCUUCCGCCAUCGGAUCCAUUGACCUUUCCCGCCUUGCCCCCCCGAAACUCUCAGUUCCGCGACGGUUACCGGGGUUUAACCUCCGUCUCCUCCCCCCCAUAGCCGCUCCACCCAGCUCCUCGAUUCGUUUAACCGCACCAGAUUCAAUUUGAAAGGAUCGAAUGUGUAGUAUACCGGUCCUGGUUCUAUCAGGCAUAUCACCAAUCCACAUUACAAGCGUCCGGUGACCAUCCCUGAGGAUAGUCGU